AUGAAGAGCAUCACCUACCUGACCGGCAGUGUCCUUGCACUUGCCCCCCUCGCCCUGGCGGGAGACCUCUGCCUGUCCGCAGCCUGCACCCUCGCACCCCCGGACCAAGGUCCCGCAUGCGGCUGGUGGCAGAUCCUCGGAACCGACCUCGAAGACUACCUGGUCAACAACGGCCCGAUCAAUCUGGACGACAUCUGCGGAGAGAUGGUCCUGCUGACCUGGACCGACGGGGCGCCGGAGCUGUACAUGAUUAACGUGGAGGCUGGCUUGUCAUGGAAUAUCAAGGCCAAGAACAUCCAGGGGUCCAGUACUGUGUGCCACUAUAGCGGGACUGACUGUGGUAAUACGGGGCCUAUUUUCAGCCGCUGGUACUGGCCUGAUCUUCCUAUCUGUUAG